CGGAGCUCGGUGGGGCUAUAGUGUCUGGCUGGCAGAAGAACUCGUGAAGAUUUUCGUGUGAAUCACAAAUUGUCUGGUAGCGGUGGAGUCGCCUCACAGUCCAGCCUCUCUGAAGUAUCUGUGUGAAUCUCGCACCAGCUUGCUAGCUUAGUCCAGCAUCGUUUAUCGCAUCCGAGAAUCUCAACUCUGCUAUCCGGUCCGAGCCUGCUAGACUCAUUCGACUCGCCUGCAUCUCUUCCUACGGAUAACCAGGGGUACUGCGCGCAGGAAUGUAAAUAGCCCGCUGUCAUCUAUCACAGAAGUGAAGCUUUGGUAUGGAACUUAGUACGUUCAUCGCAUGCAAAGGGCGUGAGUGAGUGACUGACUGACUGAGAGACUGAGUGAGUGUGAGAGUGAGCGAACGGGGGAUGAACCAAAUGAACAACAAGCCGUACCAGUCCCUGUCCAGGGCUCGACCCGACAUGGAGCUGUGCUACUCCAGCUCGUCAGAGGAGAGUGAGGAGGGCGGCGGCCCCCCCAACCACUUGCAGCAGCAGCAGCCCUACGGCCACACGCACAGCAGUGGCCAGUACAGCCACGACCGCAGGCUGGCCUACAACAGCCACCGCAUCAAGAGGAAAAGCAGCCCUCAGCCCUGCACAGAUGAAGACUUUCUCCACGCGCCCUCUUCCCAGCACUCGUAUGCCGGCGGCGUGUCCGUGGGCGCUGGCUCCGACCCGGACACUGAGCCCGAGGGCCCGGCAUCUCCGGACCACGCGCUGCACCUGUGGAUGCAGGAAGUGAAGUCAGAGCACGGCGGCGGCUCCGCCCUCUCCAGCCGAGCCAACUCUAUUCUGUCCCUCACGGACACCGAGCAGGAGAGGAAGUCGGACGUGGACAACGACCUUGCCAACAGUCCCGGGGCACAGUUCACGUUCAAGCCCCUGCCGCCACCGCCUCCGCCCCCGCACGCCUGCACGUGUGCCCGCCCGGUGCCCCCACCGUCCACCGAGGGCCCGCAGCGGAACACCCUGCCCUCGCGCUGCCAGCCGCUCGACCUGGCCAGCAAGACGGCCGAGGAGCUGGGCCAGCCACAGAACAGCUGGGCUCUCAACAGCAACAUCCCUCUGGAGACCAGACACUUCCUCUUCAAGCACGGCUCGGCAUCGUCCACCCUCUUCCGUGCGGCCAAUCAGAACUACCCGCUCACGUCCAACACGGUGUACUCGCCGCCCCCGCGGCCCCUGCCCAGGACCACGCUCUCGCGGCCGCUCUUCUCCUUCAGCAAGCCGUACCGCUGCUGCAACUGGAAGUGCACGGCGCUCAGCGCGUCUGCUGUCACCGUCACCCUGGCCCUGCUGCUCACCUAUCCUGUAGUAGUGCACCUGUUUGGUCUGACGUGGCACCUGCAGUCAGCGGACGCCCCCCUGUAUGAGAAUGGCCUGAGUAAAGCAGACGGAGUUGAGGACAGACUGAGUAUCAGCUUCCCCCCGUUUCCCCCUGCCGGAGUCAAUGCCACAGGCAGAGAUAAAGAGGUGUUCCAGAGGGGCCGUGCCAUAGACCGAGGUGAAGUGGACAUCGGCAUGCAGUUGAUGCAGACCGUCCCUCCUGGCCUGUUCUGGAGGUUCCACAUUAAGAUCCACCAUCCCGAGUAUGUGCGCUUCAAUGUGUCCCUCGCCAGCGACGCUCUCCUGGGCAUCUACGGCAGGAGGAACAUUCCUCCCACUCACACACAGUUUGACUUUGUGAAACUGCUGGAUGGCAGACAGCUGAUCCAGAAGGAGCCCAGGACAUCAGAGGACCCGCGGCCGCCUCUUCAGAACCUGUUCCUGGCCACGCUGCAGGCGACAGGCUUUGUGGAGUACCUGGACGCCGGGACCUGGUACCUGGCCUUCUACAAUGAUGGGCGCAAGAUGGAACAGGUGCUCGUCUUCACCACCUCCAUAGAAACAAUGGAUGGCUGUGACACUAACUGCAAUGGGAACGGGGAGUGUGUUGCUGGCCACUGUCACUGCUUCACUGGUUUCCUGGGACCAGACUGCUCUAAAGACUCCUGCCCGGUGCUGUGCAGUGGGAAUGGGGACUAUGAGAAGGGCCACUGCGAGUGCCAUUCGGGCUGGAAGGGUGCGGAGUGCGACGUGCAGGAAGACCAGUGCAUUGACCCCACCUGCUCCAACCACGGCGAGUGUGUCAGCGGCAAGUGCCUGUGUGCGCCAGCCUUCAAGGGCAACAACUGUGAACAAGUUGACUGUGAGGAUCCGCUGUGCUCAGGGCAUGGUGUGUGUGUAGGCGGCGACUGUUUGUGCUCCUCUGGCUGGGGGGGAGUGAACUGCGACAGCCCGCUCCCCUCGUGCCAGGAACAGUGCUCAGGCCACGGCACUUACCAGCCGGACCCCGGCGAGUGUGUGUGUGAGCCAGGAUGGACUGGAACCGACUGUGCUACAGAGGAGUGCUCCCCGCCCUGCAGCCCUCACAGCGUGUGUGUUGGCAGGCGGUGCCAAUGUGAGGAGGGGUGGGAGGGUCCUGCCUGUGACAGACAGGCGUGUCACCCAGUGUGUGAGGAACACGGAGAGUGUAAGGAUGGCAGGUGUCUGUGUCACCCAGGCUGGGAAGGUGAACAUUGCACCAUCGCACUUUACCUGGAUGUUGUUGUUAAAGAUGGGUGUCCGGGCCUGUGCAAUGGAAAUGGCCGCUGCACACUGGAGCAGAGCGGCUGGAUUUGUGUCUGCCAGCCCGGCUGGAGUGGCACUGGCUGCAACAUCGUCAUGGAAACGGAGUGCAGUGACAACACAGACAACGAUGGAGAUGGCCUGGUGGACUGUGUGGAUCCGGACUGCUGCCAGCAGCAGGGAUGUGAGAGUGGACCGCUGUGCCAGGGCGCGCCGGACCCCCUGGACCUGGUCCAGCACAACCCCGCGCCCUUCGUGCCUCGUCCGGCCCAGCCUUUCUUCCAGCACGUCCGCUUCCUGGUGGGCAGGGGCAGCACACACAUCCUGCCUGGCGACGUGCCGUACGACACCAGUCGAGUGUGUGUGAUCCGUGGGCAGGUGGGUGCUGCGGACGGAACGGCUCUGGUGGGGGUCAACAUCACCUUCCAGAGGAGUCCAGAUUACGGCUACACCCUCAGCCGCCAGGAUGGCAGUUUCGACCUCCUGUCGAUGGGCGGUAUCUCCGUCACCCUGGUGUUCCAGCGGGCUCCGUUCCUGCCCCAGCGCCGCACCGUCUGGCUGCCGUGGAACCAGUUUGUGGUUCUGGAGCGCGUGGUGAUGGACCGGGUCGAGCCCAAAGCGCCGGCAACGUGUGAGAGGAUGGGCCUGGCCGGCCCAUAUCCCAUCGUCCUUUCCUCACCACUUACGCGCUUCGCCGGUACAUGUGAGGAGAGAGGACCAGCAGUCCCUGAGCUCCAGGCGGUGCAGGAGGAGGUGUACAUCCCUGGCAGCUUCGUGAAGCUGAGCUACCUGAGCACGCGGGCGCCAGGAUACCGGUCACUGCUGCGGGUGCUGCUCACGCCGGCCAGUCUCCCCCAAGGCCUGGCCAAGGUGCACGUGUCCACGGCCGUGCAGGGACGCCUGCUCCAGAAGUGGUUCCCGGCCGCGCCCAACCUGGUCUAUGUGCUCCCCUGGAACAAGACCAACGUCUACGGCCAGCAGGUCACCGGCCUGGUGCAGGCACAGGUGUCCGUGGGAUAUGAAUAUGAAGAGUGUCCAGACUUCAUUGUUUGGGAGAGGAGAUCGGCGCAGCUGCAGGGCUUUGAGAUGAUCGCCUCCAAUCUAGGUGGCUGGUCUCUGGACAAGCAUCACAUCCUUAACCUGGAGAGCGGCAUCCUGCACAAGGGCAACGGGGAGAACAUCUUCAUCUCGGAGCAGCCGCCGGUCAUCUCCACGGUGAUGGGGACGGGUGUGGUGCGGGCGAUCCCGUGCCCCAGUUGCAGCGGUCCAGCCGCUGGACGCAAGAUCUUCGCGCCCGUGGCACUGGCCUGUGGCUCCGACGGUAGCAUCUACGUGGGCGACUUCAACUUCAUCCGCAGGGUUCUGCCCAGUGGCUUCACAAUCAGCAUCCUGGAGCUACGGAACCGGGACAUCAGACACAGCACCAGUCCAGCUCAUAAAUACUACUUGGCGAUGGACCCGGUGAGUGAGGUGCUGUACGUGUCGGACACCAGCAGCCGGCGGGUCUACCGGCUGCGCACCCUCACCGAGCCCCGGGACCUGGCCCGCAACGUGGAGGUGGUGGCGGGCACGGGCGAGCAGUGCACCCCCUUUCAUCAGAACUUCUGCGGAGACGGCACCAAAGCCACAGACGCCUCACUCAACAACCCCAGAGGCAUCACAGUGGACAAGCACGGCCUCAUCUAUUUUGUGGACGGCACGACCAUUCGGAAGAUCAACGAGAAAGGCGUGAUAACGACGGUGAUCGGCUCCAAUGGCCUGACGUCAACGCAGCCCCUGAGCUGUGACUCACACAUGGACAUCAGUCAGGUGCGACUCGAGUGGCCCACGGAUCUGUCCGUCAGCCCGCUGGACAACUCCCUCUACAUCCUCGACAACAACAUUGUCCUGCAGGUGACCGAGUCCAACCAGGUGAGGGUGGUUGCCGGGCGACCCAUCCACUGCCAGGUCCCGGGCGUCGACCACCUGCUGCUGGUGAGCAAGGCGGCCGUCCACUCGGCUCUGGAGGGCGCCAAGGCAAUUGCCGUGUCGCACCAGGGGACCCUGUUCAUCGCCGAGACGGACGAGCGGAAGACCAGCCGCGUGCAGCAGGUCACCACCAACGGCGAGAUUUCCAUCAUCGCCGGCACGCCCAGCGAGUGCGACUGCAAGAUUGACCCCAGCUGUGACUGUUUCUCUGGGGAUGGCGGCUACGCCCGUGACGCCAAGCUGAAGUCGCCGUCCGCCCUGGCCGUCUCCCCCAACGGCACGCUCUACAUCGCCGACCUGGGCAACGUGCGCAUCCGCGCCAUCUCCAGCAACCGGCCGCGCCUCAACCGGCAGCGGCAGUUCGAGAUCAGCUCGGUGGUGGACCAGGAGCUCUACCUGUUCAGCGCCAACGGCACGCACCUGCACACGCGCAGCCUGAUCACCGGCGACUACCUGUACAACUUCACCUACACGCCCGAGGGCCACCUGGCGGCGGUGGCGUCCAGCGACGGGGGCGCGGUCCACGUGCGGCGCGACGCCAACGGCGUCCCCCUCUGGCUGCUGGUGCCCGGUGGGCAGGUGUACUGGCUGACGCUCAGCAGCACGGGCUCCACACUCAAGCGCGUCUCGGCGCUGGCCCACGACCUGGCCCAGAUCAGUUACUACGGCAACACCGGCCUCCUCGCCACCGUGAGCAACGAGAAUGCCUGGACAACGGUGUACGAGUAUAACAGUGAAGGCCACCUCAUCAAUGUCACCUUGCCAACGGGUGAGGUCAGUAGUUUCCAUGGUAACAUGGAGAAGUCGGUCAAGGUGGAGGCUGACACAUCAAGCGGCGAAAACUUCAUCACUGCAACCAACUACUCUGCGGCCAAUACCAUAUACAUGCUUCGUCAAGCUCACGCUCAGAAUAUCUACCGCAUCAGCUCCGACGGUUCUCUCUGGGUGACGUUCUCCAGCGGGAUGGAGGUGACUCUGACCACGGAACCCCACGUUCCGUCUGACUCGGCCUCGGGGGCAUCGGCGGGCAUCGUCCACCCGACCGUCGGCCGCUGUAACAUCACACUGCCCGGGGAGCACAGCCACAGCCUGAUAGAGUGGCGCCAGAGACGCGAGCUGGCCAAGGGCAACUACACGGCCUACGAACGCCGCCUGCGGGCUCACAACAGAAACGUGUUGUCCAUCGACUUCAACCAAGCCACGCGUGUUGGCAAGAUUUACGACGACCACCGCAAGUUUACCCUCCGGGUUCAGUAUGACCAGCUGGGUCGGCCCGUGCUCUGGUCCCCAAGCAAAUACAACGAGGUGAACGUGUCCUACUCUCCAGCCGGACUGGUCAGCAGCAUACAACGGGGCAACUGGACCGAGAAACGAGACUACGACAGCGGAAAACUCAUCUCCAGAACCUGGACCAACGGCAAGAGCUGGAGCUACACUUACCUGGAGAAGUCGGUGAUGUUGCUACUGCACAGCCAGAGGCGCUACACGUUUGAAUACGACCAGACAGACUACCUGCUCUCGGUCACCAUGCCCAGCAUGGUGCGGCACAGCCUUCAGUCCACACUGUCCGUGGCCUACUACCGGAACACCUACACCCCGCCGGACACCCCCUCCUCCGCCCUCAUCCAGGACUACGCCCAUGACGGCCGCCUCCUGCAGACACUUCACCUGGGCACAGGCCGACGAACGAUCUACAGGUACAACCGCAUGUCCCACCUGGCCGAGGUGCUGUACGACUCCACGCUGGUCACCUUCACCUAUGACGAGGCGGCCGGCGCCAUAAAGACCAUCCACCUGAUGCAGGACGGCUUCAUCUGCUCCAUCCGCUAUAAACAGACAGGCCCACUGGUUGGAAGGCAGAUUUUCAGAUUCAGUGAGGAGGGGCUGGUGAACGCUCGGUUCGACUACAGCUACAACAACUUCCGGGUCACCAGCAUGCAGGCCAUGAUCAACGAGACGCCGCUGCCCAUCGACCUGUACCGCUACGUGGACGUGUCCGGCCGCAUCGAGCAGUUUGGCAAGUUCAGCGUCAUCAACUACGACCUGAACCAGGUGAUCACCACCCACGCCAUGAAGCACACCAAGAUCUCCAAUGCCAACGGACUGGUCAUCGAGGUGCAGUACGAGAUUCUGAAGGCCAUAUCCUACUGGAUGACCAUCCAGUACGACAGCAUGGGCCGCGUCACCGUGUGCGACAUCCGCAUCGGAGUGGACAGCAAUAUCACACGCUACUCUUACGAGUACGACGCGGACGGGCAGCUUCAGGCGGUGUCGGUGAACGAACGGCCCCAGUGGCGCUACAGCUAUGACCUCAACGGCAACAUCAACCUUCUGAGCCACGGCAACAGCGCACGCCUGACGCCGCUGCGCUACGACCUGCGCGACCGCAUCACGCGCCUGGGCGAGAUCCAGUACCGCGUGGACGAAGACGGCUUCCUGCGCCAGCGCGGCUCCGUGCUCUUCGACUACGGCUCCAAUGGCCUGCUGAGACGCGCUCUGGACCGCGACACGCAACGCAGCGUCUCCUUCCGCUACGACGGACUCGGGCGACGCGUGGCGCAGCGCACCAGCGACGGUCAGCAGCUGCAGUUCUUCUACGCUGACCUCAUGGAGCCCACACGUGUCACGCACCUCUACAACCUGACGGGUGCGCAGAUCACCUCGCUCUACUACGACCUGCAGGGCCACCUCAUCGCCAUGGAGAUGAGCAGUGGCGAGGAGUUCUACGUGGCGUGCGACAACGCCGGCACGCCGCUGGCAGUUUUCAGUAGCCGCGGCCGCGUGAUCAAGGAGGUGCGCUACACGCCAUAUGGCGACAUCUACCACGACUCCAACCCCACUUUCCCGCUGGUGCUGGGCUUCCAGGGUGGACUGUACGACUCGCUGUCGCGCCUUGUGCACCUGGGACACCGCGACUACGACGUGGUGGCCGGACGCUGGACCACACCCAACCACCAGCUGUGGAGGGAGCUGAGCAUCGAGCCCAAACCCUUUAACCUCUACGCCUUCAACAAUAACUACCCCCUGGGCAAACUCCAGGACGUCACCAGGUUCACCACAGAUGUGAGCAGCUGGCUGCAGCUCUUUGGCUUCCAGCUGCACAACGUGGUUCCUGGUUUCCCUAAACCAGAGGUGGACAGCAUGGAACAAACAUAUGAGAUGAUGACAACCCAGAGAAGGACAAGGGAGUGGGAUCCCAGCAAGGUGGUUUUGGGUAUUCAAUGUGAGCUGCAGAAACACCUGCGUAACUUCAUCUCCCUGGACCGCCUCCCCAUGAGCCCGGCCAAUGGCAGGCUGAAGGGUCGUCAGGGCCGCCGCCCCCGUUUCUCCGCCCUCUCCUCCAUCUUCGGCAAGGGCGUGAAGUUUGCCGUCCGUGAUGGAGUGGUCUCCACGGAGAUCAUCGGCGUGGCCAGCGAGGACAGCCGGCGCAUGGCAGCAGUCCUCAACGGCGCUGUCCACUUGAGCGGCGUACACUUCACAGUGGACGGCCGCGACACGCACUACUUCACCAAGGCCGGGCCCCUGGAGGCCGACCUGGGCGUGGUCGGGGGAGCCGGCGGGAUUGGCACGUCGUCGACGGGACAAGGCGGUGCCCGCGUUCUCGAGAACGGCGUCAACGUGUCCGUCUCCCAGAUGAGCGCAGUGCUGGCGGGGCGCACGCGCCGCUUCGCCGACAUCCAGCUGCAGCAAGCCGCGCUGGGCUUCAACGUGCGCUACGGCGCCACGCCGGACGAGGAGCGCGCCCGUCUCCUGGAGAGCGCCCGGCAGCGGGCGGUGAAGGCAGCGUGGCUCAAGGAACAGCGGCGCGUCCAGGAAGGGGACGGCGGCUCGAGAGCCUGGACGGACACCGAGCGCCGGGAGCUGCUGUCCGAGGGAAAGGUCAGCGGCUACGAUGGGCUCUACGCGCUGCCCGUCGAUCAGCACCCUGAACUGGCCGACAGCCCACACAACAUCCACUUCCUGCGCCACACCGACACUAGCCGCAGGUAACAGUGGUACCAAAGACACACUUGCUUAGAGUGCGUACGCAGACACACACACACACGCACGCACACACUUCAUUUUGACACAUCACAACGUUUCUCUAAGGCUUUUUUCUAAAACUAAGACUGAAACAUAACUGCCUUUAAAUGUGACAUAUGAUGGUAUUUUAUUUUCGCUAGUGUACUAUACUGUUUUUUAAUUGUUUUUAGUUUGCCCAAAAAUUAGGGUUACUUUAAAUGGCGUGUAUGAUUUCCAAGUGGCUUUUUCUUCUUCUCUGAGGACUGUGAUUCCCAGUUGAAAUGUAUCUUUAUUGUAUGUUUGUUUGUUUGUUUGUUUGUUUUUACACCACUCUUGAAGAUGCUGUCCAUUAUUUAGGAGAGUUUUACAUCUGAAUGGCUUUGAAGGGUUAUAAUGGUGCGUAAUCUGGGCCCCAUAUUACUCCGAUUAAGUGACUCCUCGGUGCAUUCAGUGGUACCAAAUUAGAAAUUGUGUGCAGGUGUGUAUGUGAGAGAGAAAGUGUGAGAGAGAGUGUGUGUGUUAGCGUGUGUAUGAUUGUGUAUAUUUACAUGUGUGUAUGUGUGGGGGUUGUACUUUAGGGACACAGGGAAUUGUAUAUAGCAAGUGCUUUAGCAAGAACAAGUGCUGUCACAGAUGCUGUAAUGUACUGUAUAUGUUAAUCUUGUGAAUAGAGCUAAUUUGUUGGAUUGAAAAUGAAAUUGCUGAAAUAUGUACAGUCUACUUUUAUAUGAGCUUAUAUCAUCUUAAAGAUACAAAGCAUAAUUAGGGUUGAACCGGUGCCUUUCAGCUCGUUAAAAGCGAUCAAGAGUAUGAAAAUAUUAUUACAGCCAACAUUUCGUAUUUCACUUCUGUUUGGGAAGACCGUGCAGAAGCCAAUGGCAUGUGGCAUUAAGUACUUCUGAGUGAACUAAAUGAAAUUGUUAUUUCGUUGUUAUAAAAUAGGAUUUUAUACUGAAGCAGUAGAUAUAUUAUUGUAACAUGGACAGUUGGAAGUUCAAAAAAAGAAAAUACUCAAAAAUACUAAACGUCGUCCUUUAACACGUCAACAUCUCUAGACUACUUUGGUGGUUGCCAGCUUUGGGGGUUCAAAUGAGCAACUUUUUAGCUAUACAGAAAUAGAUGAAGUAAAACAAAAAGAAACACUCACGGUGAGUUUCCUGUUCAUGGAUUAAGCCUAAUCUUACUCACAAAAAAAAAAAUCAAUGUAGAUUUUCAUUGAAAUGUUCUUUUAGUCUAGGCCUAUCCUUAAUUGAUGUGUGGGAAACCAGCGUGUAAUGUUCCAUCAUGACGAAACAACGUGAAGGUGUAGUGAAAAGUUACAGAAACGGCUGUGUCAAAAUAACUCAUCUGUACCUUGCAACAGCAUGUUCCUCUUAUCUGUCCGACAUCUAAAACGGAACAAAUACUAAAGUAACGUUUACAAACAGUGUGUACAAUUUAACGUUCAUUAGGCUUCAAGGAAGGCUACUGCAACGAAUGAACAAGAAAAGGUUUACGUAGCCUCAAUAUUGUUUUCAUUUCUUCCAUUUUUCCUCGUUUUCCUGGCCAAGUAGUAUCCCCCACAUUUCUGCAGUAUUCCUCUCUUCCAGUCCUUGUCCUCAUAAACUGUCUCUUUGUCCAGGCAACAGCCUCUGUGUAACCUCAAUCAUGGCAACUGCACUGAUAUCUCGUAGGAGGGGAAUGAGGAGAGACUCGUCUGGCUGCGGUCACUCAAGUCGAAAUAAAAUACUCUCGCAACCUCAUGGAUGGGUCUUAUGUCUGGGCCUGGGUGGGUGUGUUAUUCAGACAAGGCCGAGAUGAAAUCUAUAUUUGUACUGAGAAAGGUGAUGUUGAUGGUGUCCGCAACCAGUCAAAAACAAAAGUGUUUAUGUAUAUCCAUAUCUACAAUUUGUAUUUAUUGUUUCCGUUGUGGUUAGGCCUUGUAAACCCAUCUGCACCUGCGGUUUAACAUAUCGUACUGUAUAUAAAAUAUCUCAAUCUUUGUACCAGUAGCCAAAUAACAAUUUAAUGUGCAGUUGCGAGGAUACUUGAACGGUUUUACAUUUAGCUUUAGAGGAAUGGGUGAGAUGGCAAGGUCGAUUUCUGGAUGAAUCUUCUGUGGUAUUCUGAUCAUGUGACUGACUUUAUUUCCAUGUGGAAAGUUUUGGACAAACAAAAGGAUUAGAUUACAUAUGGUUUGCAGUCCAUAAGCUGGAGUUUAAUUACCUCUUCAGAUGUAAACAUGAUACAUAUGCCCGACCAUACCAACACACAUCUACGCCUACAGUAACACACACACACACACAGAGAGAGAGACUAGUAUGCCCAUUCAUCAUGUUAAUCUUAUCAGUUGUAUUAUUUUGUACAGCUUGUGAUGUUUGGUGUGAGUUUAGUGUUGAUCUAUUUUGCCAGAGAAAAGCUCACCAGUAUAUCAGUGUGUAUCUAUGCUGCCACCGGCCCGUUUUGUAGCCAGAAACGUUACAAGUCAAUAAAAACGGCAUUAAAAAACAACUGGACUCUUAAAAGAAAGAUGCCAUUGCAUUCAAGUAGUAUGAGCAUUGUACUUUUUUUUGCUUUUGAGAAAGAAAAAUAGGUGUUGAACUUCUCUAGAUAACUGUCUCCAUUCAGUGUUUGCAAUUGCAGUUCAAACUGUGCAUACGGUAAUUUGACUUUAUAGUUAUGUGACUGCCAAGGGUAUACAGUGGGAUUCAUUCUCACUAGUUAUCUGGUUAUCUCUAUGGUUAUCAGUUGGUGAGCAAGCUUAGCGCACAUUAAGUUUCUGCUGCUUCCUUUAAAAUAGCCUAAUGCGUAUGCUUCUAAACAUCAUGCUCCUUACAUUGUGGCAUUGGAAUGCUUGAGAUAUGAGCAUUUCGGUUAUAAGUACUACAUUCAUUUUUUGCUGUUUACAUUCUGAAUGUCUAUGUUAUUUAUGACAUUUAUUUUGCAGAGUUGCGUCUUUCAUUAAUACUUUUAAUGUAUUGUGCUAAGUUUGGAUUUUCGAGAAUGUUUGGUUGAACAUGUUGUUCUUUUCUCAAGAAGACUAGGGGGUGUUGACCCGUGACAUAAUCCUAUGAAUCUGCUAAGGCCUUGCAGGGACUCAGUUCUGUGUUACCUGUUUGUGCUUCUGACCAGCUGUACAUAGAGUAAUGCAUUUACUGUAAGUAACAGGCUGUGGAAAGUUCAUAUAAGGCAAGGUACUUUGAAUAUUUGACUUUUAAUAAAUAAAUGUUCUAAUUUAA